AUGUAUGGGAUGCUCACCUACCAAGGGAUGCCGACGAUGGCGGACUAUGGCAACCCCUUGGCGCACGGGUACCCGCACCACGCGCGACACCAGGGCGCAGCUGGUGUCGGCAUGCCACACCAGGCCUUUACACAUUCUUGGAUAACAUGUUAUGUAAGAGUCAGAGAGAUGAAGUCGCGUAUAUUGGAGCUGAGGAAGGAGAAGAGCAGGGAUGCAGCACGAAGUAGACGUGGGAAGGAAAACAGAGAGUUCUACGAGCUGGCCAAGAUGCUGCCGCUGCCGGGCGCUAUCACGUCGCAGCUGGACAAGGCGUCCAUCAUCCGCCUCACCAUCUCCUACCUCAAACUCAGGGACUUCUCGCUGACGGGCGACCCUCCGUGGGCCAGAGAAAACGCGUCGUCCGCUGGCCCCGGGGGCGGCAACAACAACAACAAUAACAACAACAAUGACCACCUCCACGGCAGCUCCUUGCACAUACUCAAAGCUCCAGUUUGGUGGAAGAGGGAAAUUUUCGGCUUUAAAAAUUUCAUCAUAGGAAACUGUCCGAGUGCGAAAACAGCCGGGGAAGAAAAAGAAAUGUGGACAAUGGGUGUUAGUCGACGAGACGACAGCUGGGCCUCUUGGGUUGCGGGCUGCGAAAUUGGAUCAGCUCUCGGACUCGGACGAUCUCCUGGGAUCGAGGACUUCUCGCUGACGGGCGACCCUCCGUGGGCCAGAGAAAACGCGUCGUCCGCUGGCCCCGGGGGCGGCAACAACAACAACAAUAACAACAACAACGACCACCUCCACGGCAGCUCCUUGCACAUACUCAAAGCUCCAGCCGCCACAUUGGCCGGCACUUUGGCGGCUGUGAAGGCGGCUGUUGAUGAAAAUGGCGGAAUUGCCUUGGAAGAUCUGGAGGCAACCCUUAUAGAAAGAAUGCCAAUCGACGAGACGACAGCUGGGCCUCUUGGGUUGCGGGCUGCGAAAUUGGAUCAGCUCUCGGACUCGGACGAUCUCCUGGGAUCGAGUUAUGUUCCCCUGGACCCAGGGAAUGAAGGAAAAAAAAAACGAUAUGAGGUUGGAAGAUCUCGUGGUGCGUCGUUGUCCUAUGCGAUGGAAUUCUUCGAUCAACACCAGGGACAUCAUUUGAUGCAGGCUCAUGAUGGAUUCGCAUUCAUAUUGGCGGCAGACGGAAGAUUCCUUUACAUCUCGGAGACGGUUUCCAUCUACCUCGGAUUAUCACAGGUGGAGAUGACUGGAAGCAGCGUGUUCGACUACGUGCACCUCGCUGACCAGGCAGAAUUGGCGGACCAGUUGGGCAUCACACUGGCGUCCACGGCCGUCUCGUCGACGGGCAAAGGCGCCUCUCCUGCUUCGGGCCACAGCAACGGCGUCCCAGCGACGCCAGAGUCGCCCGACGACGACUCCUCCAGAGGUCUUCCGCCUUCUUCCCCGUCUGCGCACAAUCCCGACAUUGCAGCACCGAUGACGCUGGAUCCUGACUCCCCACACAAAGGUCUCAAUCGAUCGAUCUGUUUGCGAAUGAAAUCAACGCUUACCAAACGUGGUUGUCACUUCAAAUCAUCAGGAUAUCGGUGGUUUCAUAGCAUGACUUUGAAUGAGAGAUUUAACGACGCAGCGUUUCCUACGCCACGUCGUACUCUCGUACAUUCUGAUGUUGUGCCGACUCGGGCGGCACCUAUUUUUCCCGAGUUAAUCGGGGCAUGCGCGGGCGACAUCUAG